AUGCAGCUUCUCAGGAUCAAGGAAGAGGAGGACAAGAAAGCGAAGGAGGCAGCAGAGGCAGCGAUCGCAGCACAGGGUGGCGCGCGUGCAACCCCGAAGAAGCCGACCAAACGGCGGCAGCCGAAAUCGGUGGAGGAGGAGGAGGAGGAGGAUGAAGAAGUCGACGAAUCCUGGGCUUGGUCGGAGCGGGGGAUCCCUGAAUUCGAGAACACGGACGCUUACAAAAGGCGCAAGAAGAAACCCGCUGCAGGGUCCUCUGCUAGCCCGGUGUCGCUUUCCCAGAGCGCGCGGGAGAAGAUGCCGGCGCUGGACCAGUUCAUGCAGACGAUCGGCAGCAACUCCGGGGGCUUCGCGAUUGAGCAAGUGGUGGGGACGUGCUUCGACAUGAACUUCCCCAAAGAGGCAGUGGAAGUCUUCGUUGAUAAGGGUGACCCGUUCAACGAGGACAACAUCUACGGCAUGGUUGGCCUUACGAUCACGAUGGGACUCACGAAGAAAACCCGAAUGAGAAAGCGCUGGAGUACAUCACAACGCCACGACUACCCUCUUGUGCGCAAUUGCAUGUCGCGAGACAAGUUCGAGCUGCUGUACUGCUGUCGGUUCAUCCACUGCUCCGACGCCAACGCACCCUCGCGGCUCCUGGACGACGGCGAAGAUGACCCGGACUACGACUCCAAGUGGCACAUCAGGAUCAUGGGGUACCUCGUGCUUUGGGUGCUGAUUGGCGAGAGCCCGGUGUUGAAGGAGAAGCCCGUUGGAUUCGGGGUUUACAUCGCCAUGGUCAACUAUUUCACCGACCCGACGCUGUUCGAGUGCUUGGCGUCCCACGACAUCUUUGCGGUUGGCACGUGCCCUUCCGAUCGAACGGCCGGAGCGGUGCCAUCCCUCACGAGCCUUGGACACAAGCUUGCCCAACGUGGUGCCAUGCAGUUCCGCCGGUCGGGAGAGGUCGCGUUUAUGCAGUGGAAGGACUCGAAAGAUGUCCUCCUGUGUAGCACCAUCCACAUCGCGCAGCCGGGCGAGGGGGAGGAGCUGGUGGGUGGUGGGAUCAACCACGUCAAACCUCUUCCGCUCCAGUGA